AUGGUCGUCCAGUGUGACUGGAAUCUUCUUAACGGACAGCUUCCGUCAUUCCUUGUACAGAACAAAACCACAAAUGUGUAUAAGUGGGGCAGGUUUAAAAGUAACAAACUAUUGAAGGUUUGCUCUCCAGCAUGGAAAGAAAGAAUUCAAAAUAUCUACAAUAAGAAACCUGAGCCACGGCCUCCUAAGUCCUCUAAUUCUUGCAAAGACUGCAGGAAGACAAUAGAUGAAAUUCUGAAGAAUUACUCUAAACCCUGGGUUAAAAAUGAAAGCAGGCACGAGGCAAUCAGGACUCAGCUUAGCCUCAAGUGCAAUGGUUUUGAGAAUGCCAUCAUGACCCAGAAAAACACUCCACUGGGAGCAACAGUUGUCUAUGAUUCCCAGAAGACGAAAUCAGUUACAGUGAACUCAGAGCAUUUUAAUAGAUUUGCCAAAACACAUCCGGCCUUAAAUAAAAGACGGCAUACAUGUGCUGUCGUUGGGAAUGGAGGGAUCUUGACAAACAGCAGCUGUGGAAAAAUGAUUGAUUCAGCUCAGUUUGUGAUCAGGUGUAACUUAGCACCUUUGUUAAAUGGAUACGAGAAACAUGUCGGUGUUAAAACGGAUAUUGUGACGGCAAACCCCAGUAUCAUUUCCCAUUGGCAUGACUCUCUUUUAAGAAGUCGGCGUGUCUUUGUUGAGAGACUGUGCCAGUAUGGCAACUCCAAGUUGUUCCUUCCUGCAUUCUCCUUUGUUGGUCACACAGAAUUGUGUAUGCGGGCCUUCUAUACCAUUGAGGACUUUGAAUUGCCCAUCCAGCCUGUUUUCUUUAAUCCAAACUACAUUGAUAGUCUAAAUGUGUUUUGGAAAUCUUUUAAAUUGAAGGAACAACGUAUCACCACUGGUCUCAUUAUGACAAGUCUGGCACUGGAGCUAUGUGACAGUGUUCAUCUGUAUGGAUUCUGGCCCUAUAGUGUUCAUCCCCACAGCUUCCAAGAUCUGACUGCGCACUAUUAUGACGAUUUGAAACCUACAAAUAGGCACCUUAUUCCAGAAGAGUUUAAUCUUUUAUUGCAGUUGCACAGCCAAGGUGUACUAAAACUUCACCUUGGGGAGUGCAAGCCCAACAAAUAAAUUACCUGGACAACUGCGGUCUGGAAAAGACUUUAAUUCAAGAAUACAUUAUAUUAUUAGGGUUUCAGCUCUACGCUUCUCAUUACACCAUGUUCAUGUUUCUUAACCACAAUUACUAUUUCACCAGAAUCAGAACUACUUUAUAAUCCCUUGCAGGAAAUUCUCUACGAUAUCACCGGGAGCUGAACAGCAAAAACUUGAACUAUCCUCAUGAUAAAGUGAAGUUUUAGUUGAAUAAAUACCAUAAGAUAAAGGUUUAAAAACACAUGAAUGUAAUAAAAGAAGUAAAAUGUUUACAACACAAUUUUACCCAUGUGUAUUUAUAACCAAAAGUUAUUAUUUUAUGCACAUAAUUUUUGCAUUUUGUGACCUCUCUAAGUCUGUUUUUCAUGUAUUUAUAUCAGUUUCUGGUCUAUAUACAAAAAAACGAACAGAUGUCUUCAAGUAGAAAAGAAUGAGAAAAAACAAAUGAGUCUGCAGAACAGCAGGUAAACUCUUCAAAUGGUCAUCAAGAUCUCUGGUCAAAACCAUCUCUGCCUCUUAACAUAUUUAGUUGAUUAUUGUAUACAUGUACAGUUAUGUAUGGGACAUUAUACUCAAUGCCUGCUUCCCUCUGAAAAAAA